AUGGCUUCUGCAGGUGUUGCCUCAAGAGGGCCUAUGCUUAACGGCAAUGAAAGGGACUACAAUCACGUUUCUGAUAAAGAGUAUGUUAAAUUUAGAAAUCUAGCCGAAGAAGCUUAUUCCAAGAGACAGAAGCUUUCUGCCCUGUCACAGCAAGCCUAUCAAAAGGGAGACAAAAAAUCUGCGAGUGAGCUUUCAAGAAAGGCCAAAGAGCAAUUGUCAAUUGCGGAAGGUUAUAAUGAAAAGGCAGCAACAUAUGUCUUUCUCGAGAAUAACAAAGACUCGGACGACGAUGACAUUGACUUACAUGGCCUGUAUAUUAAGGAGGCAGAGUAUAUUCUAAAACAGCGAAUUAUCAGUGGCAUUAGUAAAAACCAACCAAAGUUGGAUUGCAUUGUUGGCAAGGGACUACACUCAAAGGACGGCGUUGCAAAGUUGAAGCCAGCAGUUGAAGAACUAUGUCGUAAAGCUAACUUGAAAUGCUGGAUCGAUGAGAAGAAUGCUGGGGUAUUGCACAUUGGUUUGAAGAAUGCUUCCAUCCCUCAAUCAUGGUAUGACAUUAAUCCACAUGGUAUAGGUGCCAUGGAUGAUAACUACUUUGCAUAUCAUCCUAACGAGAUCCCCCAAGGUCACCAACCAUCACACCAGUACAAUUAUGCUCAGUCUCAACCUCAACCUCAACAACAAGCCAACACAAACAUACAACCUUAUCAUCAACAAAACUAUCACCAGCAACAGCAACAACAGCAACAACAACAACACAAUAACAACAACAACGAGGAAAUGGCUCUUGCACUGUGUUCUGUUGCAGCUGCUUUGUUUAAAUGUUUCUACAGAUAG